CAACAACAAGAUUGUUUUUCUGCUCUGCAAGAAGCAAUUCAACUCCUACAGAAAUAAAACAAAUUCAAGCAGGAGAUGUUUGCCAAAUCUGGGGCUCCCCAGCGAGAAGAAAUGUUGACCAUCCAAGUUAAAAAUACCAUGUUGCAUCUGAAUGGUCAAAACCUCAAACUGGCAGCUAAAAAUGGCCGCAAUUCCAAAACACCUGGCCUCCAUCUGUCAGCGACACAUGGAAAGGAGGCAGUGGGUCAGUUUACGGCCUGCUCGCCGACCCAGGAGGGCACAGCACAGUUGGACUUGUUGCUGCUGAAGUCACCCAGGCCUGACUCGGAGAGGGAGGCCGAGAAUCAGAAAGUCAGGCGCCCUCUGAAGCUGGCCCCACUACAGCUGCCAGAGGAGGUGAAGGAAGCUCAGAAGCAAAAACUUAAGCUUAUCCAGCAGGAAGUCAAACCUGCUUCCUGUAAGCUGGAUGUGAUGGUGAAUGAGCCCCCUACAAGGAAAGUGAAAUCCUGUGUGAGACAGAGACCGGUAAAAGCUUCAGUGUGUCCUUCUGCUUCCACUGAGCCACUAAAAGCCCAACAGCAAAACACAUCUUCCAGGCCCCAGCUGACACGCUCCAUCAACACAGAGCAGAAUGGAGACAGGCAUCUGGAGGAUGUGGUUUGUCGAGUUACCCCAGCUCCUCUGCGCAGCAAGCCUGCCCCUCCUUUACUUUAUCCCCAACUUAAAGCUCAGGCCACACGUGGUGCAGUGGUGGCACGCCAAAACCCCAGCACCCUCCAGCAAGAGGCAGGGAGGAGGCGGCUGAGGCUGAGGAAAGCACAAUGCCUAGAAGAGGAUCACUGCAAUUCGGACACGUCAACAGGGGGAUUAUCUGCAGAUAAAGGCAAGCUGGCCCAAGGUUGACAAGGCAAAGGGCAGCGAGAAGAGAGGGCUUCGAGAGUCCUGCCGCAUGCUGGAAAAGGCUUCAAAGAGCCUCCUGCAGCCUCCUGGGAGCGUGGAAGUGUCAGGAAAAGCCAUCAAGAAGAUUGCAGUCAGCAAUCUGCAAGAUGCACUCUGAAUCGACAGGCGGCUGAAGGUGGCAGCGGUGAACAUGCACUCAACGGUGUGAAGCCAAGUGCUUCUAACUGGAGAUUAAAGAGGAAAAAACCCUUGAUCACAGAGCAUAACAAUGCAGUCCUUCUGGAGCGUCUCCAACUGUAAUUAAAUUUGAUCUUUCACUUGUGCAGCUUGGGACUUUGUGAAAUAAUGUCAAUCUUUGAGAGAUGCACUUGUGUCAUGAGGAGGCCCAGCAGAAACAGGCUUAAAUCUCAGUUUGGAAGCUGAUUUAAAGUCAGCUAACAAGUGAUGUGACGAAUACAUGAACUAAAUAAUGUAAUUUACUUAGCAGGUGAAAAAACACAUAGAAAUCAGAAUAUGCUUUCUAAAGCUGUGCCAUUAAAAACUGCUUUUACACACUUUGA